CCUGUAGCGCAUCACGGAAGUGACGUCAACGCGCUGCAAUUCAAACUCCAGGAAACGAAAGUGUUGGUUUGAAAACGGUCUCCGGCUACAAACAGGGGCUGUUUUCAGUGGAUAUUUGCAGCUUGGUUCGUCAACUCCUCCGUUCUAGCAGCCAUGACGUCUAAAGGCGCGAAGGAGACCAUCGUCUCGAAGCUGGGCUUCAAAUCCAGCAGCUCUGCCUCCAAAGCCGAAGCGGAGCUGGACAAAGUCAGGAAGGAGAACGCUCACCUGAGGAAGAAGAUGGACGAGUUGGCCAAGCGACACAUCAAACCGCCCGACACGGACAAAAGCAAGCUGCUGGAGAGGAUCCUUUCCCUCGAGACGCUGCGAGAGAGGAACAAUCAGCAGCUGCUGGUCAAAGAGCAGGAAAUGGAAACUCUGAGACAGCAGCUGUCAGCGAGAGGAGGCGAGGUGGUGGCGUCACUGCAGGCCCAGCUGGAGCAGCGCAGGAAGGAGGCAGAGCAGAGAGACGUGUUGUUUCAGAACUUGUCUCAGGAGACGGAGAAUCUGAAAAACAAGCUGACCACUGUUUCUUCCCGAUGCCAAACGCUGGAAACACAAGUGGUGAAUGGACAGGCUCCUCCUGCAGAUGUGGUGCUGAUGCAAGAUCAACUGAAAGAUGCUCUAGAGAAGAACCAGCAGUGGAUCGUGUACGACCAGCAGAGAGAGGCCUACGUCCAGUCUGUCCUCGCCCGGACCAUGGAGCUGGAGCAGCAGCUGACCCAGGCAAAGCAGCAGCAACAGCAGGAAACUAAAGAAGAAGAUGGUCCUGAAAAGAAAUCCCAGUGUGACCAGCUGCAGAAAGACCUGGAGAACCAAAGGGCUCAGCUUAGCAGAACCCAGCAGGAGCUCAGUGUGCAGAGGGAACAGACCGUGAAAGCUCAGGCUGAGCUCCAGUCGCAGAAGGAGCUCGUCGCCCGGGUCCAGGAGGAGAUGCUGGCUCUGCAGAGGAAGCACGGGGACAAGUGCGGCGAGCUGUCCUCCUUACGGAGGAGGUACGAGGAGAAGAGCAAAGAGCUGGACGAGGCCAAGGUGCAGCUGCAGGCGGAGCGGCUCAGCAACAGACAUACAGUGUGUGAGGAGAGAAAAGUGUCGUCUGACCGGACCGACAGAAUGAGAGCUGAACUGGAGAGUAUGGACAUGAGGCUGGAGGAGGAGAGGAAGAGAUCUGCUGAGCUUCUGCUGCAGGUAAACGUGCUGCAGAAUUCUCUUCUGAGCCAAAAUGAAGAGCAGCGAAGAAUCGCAGCGCUGGAGCAACAGAUCCAGCUCUCUGCCAAGGACUUUGAGAAUGAGCGGGUCGAUCGCCAGGGCAUGCAGCACCAGCUGCACAAGGUGCUGAAGGAGCUCCGCAAGGCCCGCGACCAGAUCGCUAAGCUGGAGUCUGCUAAGCAGCUGAACGCUCGCUUCUCAGAGCCCAGCUCGUACGAUAAGCUGGAGCUGGAGCGUCUCACUAUCGACGACGCUCCCGGCCUCACGUCCCCGUCUAAAGUCGCCAACCUCCUGGAUGAGAGUUUCCUGGAGUGCCCCAAGUGUCACGCCCCCUACCCGACCAGCCGCCACAGGGAGCUCCUGGCUCACAUCGACUACUGCUUCGCCUAAGCUGGCAGAUCAGAUCAGAGCCCCCCCAUCCCUCCCCUCCCCUCCCCUCCCCUCCCCUGCAAGAUCGUUUAGAUCAAACCUAUAAUGUUGACAACCACUGGAUUAGAUUAUUAUAUCCGUUCAGGAAAUGUAUUUGAAACAUCUGUUUAAAGCCAAUGAGCCGGCAGAGUUAAGACACCGACUCCACAAAUGAAGCAUAGGUGAGUAAAAGAUACGUUUCCUUACAACAACCUGAAGUUAUAUACGUUUUAAUUUCCAAAAGCUGACUGAACUUAAACAAAAAAAAAAUAUAUCGGUUUGAAAUGCUCCUAAUGCUCCUAUUUUUACAAAUACAGCCAAUAAUGUAGAUAAUAGGAAAUAUUUUAUGUUAUUUCACAAGAAUUAUGGCACGUAUAGUUUCCACAUUACACAUAUCCGCAUGAGGCUUUUUUUAUUUUAUCUUCACUCCGAGAAAUGUCUCAGUUUUCAUUUGUUUCAACCAAAAGGGACUCGAGACAUUCGCUUAACACCUCCAAACCGCAUGAAACGUUUGCAAAAUAAAGUGCUCCAGCUCCUCGUCGUUUACGAUUCCCUUCACAUUAUUAUUCUUGGGUUUUUAUUUUAUUGUUUGUGAAGCUCUUAUGGAUUUUUUUUGUCUUUAUGUGUAUUUUAUCUAUGUAUUUAUUCUUUGCGGGAAUUAUUUCUUUUUUUUCUUUGUUGAACUAUGUAUUACGAUUUUAUUCAUGUUUUGCAUUUAUACUGAUCACAGCCAGUUUUAUUUUGCUUAAGUUUACAGACCAGCGUCAUAUGUUCCAUUGAUUCCACACCAGACAUAAACACACCAUUUUUUCUACUUGUAGUUCCCGUAACAUACGGUGUUUUUAAUGCGGCCGGUGUGAUUAUUGCUGGCAUUUUUCUCUGUAGUAAGAGAAAUCACCCAAAAGCAGCAGCAGCAGUGGUCGUUUGGUAUUUCUGACAGUAUUGAUGCGAGGGAGAAAAAAUAUAAGGGAAAACCGUUUAAUUUAAGGUGUUUAUUACGUCUCAUGCUGCUGAGCCAUGAAACCGUAACCAUGACCAAGAUCUUUUUCCGACUUUAACCGGACGUCAACCAUAACCGCGUCCUCGCAUGUGGCAGGUGCAUUGUUUCAAGGGGAGCCCUCGUCCAGCUCCACCUUGACUUCUCAAGCCCGCAGCCCUGUAAACCUGGAAUGAGAUUGCAUGAGUUAAUUCCUUGUACUAAACUAUUUAAGGCAGGGGAUUAGCGAAGGUCCUCUCGCUAGGAGAAAGGGGGUUAAGGUGUCUUUAUUCCCGCAGCCAUGGCAAUGUGACCACACGGGCUUAAGGCGGGCAGGCGCAGAUCUUCUGGGUAGCUGAUUUAACUUCGGUUUUGUGCCUUUUCUUUAUGUCUGAUCUGAUAAUCGUGUUGCUUUGACGAGCUUUAAUCGGGUUUGCUGUUAUUUGUUUUGUUUGAAUCAUGUGCUCCAAAGUUCUGCCACGCUCUGUACUGUACAAAAACGUGCAAUAAAGAUUCCAGUACUACUGCC